AUGAGCGAAUACUCAAGUAGGUUCUUAAAUUUUGGCGAGAUUUCCUACUCAUUGUUCUUUACUAAUUCGAUGUGUAUGAUCAGAUUCAGAAGGCAAAUCGCCCCUUACAAUUGAAGAUUGGAAGCUUGCACAAGCGACGGGCAAUCAAUUAUCACGACUUCUCAAUCAUCUCGAAUCGCUUGAUUCUUCCGAUAUUGCAUGGAUCUCACUCGUGCCUAAGGACCAUAUUCAGCUGCAAUGGGAAAGUAUCGAACUUUUCAAAGACCAAGGCCAUUCCCUUCCGUUGUACGGAGUUCCCUUUGCCGUCAAGGACAACAUUGAUGUUGCUGGUCUACCAACAACUGCUGCUUGUCCUGACUUUGCGUAUACACCGAAAAAGGAUGCUUCCGUGGUUCGAACUCUUCAACGAGCUGGUGCGAUCGUGAUAGGAAAGACAAAUCUCGAUGCCUUCGCCACUGGACUAGUUGGAACUCGGUCGCCAUUCGGUGCAGUUCCUAACACUUUCAACCCAGAAUACGUAUCAGGUGGCUCAAGCUCAGGUUCUGCUUCUGUGGUGGCUCGUGGAUUGGUUCCAUUCGCGCUUGGAACCGAUACUGCUGGAAGUGGGAGAGUUCCGGCCGGCUUGAAUAACAUCAUUGGUCUUAAAGCUACCCGUGGAGCGAUAAGUGCUAGAGGAGUAGUUCCGGCUUGCCGCAGUCUUGAUUGUGUGUCUAUUAUGGCACUGACGUUGAAAGAUGCAAGUCUUGUUUUCGAUGUGGCUGCUGCUUACGACCCAGAGGAUGGUUACUCUCGACACCUGGUCAAAGAAGCUGUGACAUUGACCAAAACCCCAAGAAUUGCAAUCUGCGACAAUCCGCCCUGGUUUGGUGGCGACAUACACUGUCAGGCGUAUCUGGAGGCUCUCAACAAAGCGCAAAGCUUGGGUUGGCAGCUCGAACCGGUUAAUUUCUCCACGCUGUUCCAGUUGGCUGCGCUACUUUACGAUGGACCCUGGGUAGCAGAACGUUAUGCUGCAAUAAAAGAUUUCAUCAACAAGCCCGGUGUCAAGAUUGAUCCUACCGUUCUCAGUAUCAUCAAAAAAGCAGAAAAUUUCAGCGCGGUCGACUGUUUUGAGAAUGAAUAUCUCAAAAUUCAUCUAAUUCGUUCAAUAGAGAAUCAGUUCAAAGAUUUUGACGCCGUUCUGGUCCCGACAUCUCCUACAUUUCCAACUUUGGAAGAGGUUAGGAAAGAACCAGUUUUGGAAAACUCAAGACUCGGCCAGUACACGAACUUUGUCAAUUUUUUGGACUGGUCAGCACUUUCUGUUCCAGCAGGCUUUCGAAUUGAUGGAUUGCCUUUUGGUUUGACAAUCAUAUCAACGCGCUGGCAGGAGCAAAAAUUGCUUCAACUUGGCUCGCAAAUGUUGUCAGUAACCUCCCGCCUUUUAGGUGCAACGCGUGUAGACUUUCAUGAACAGUCCUUCCUCCUAGAUCUGUCACAGAAAACCUCGGAUCAUUUGUUAGUUGUCGUCGGAGCUCAUUUGUCUGGUCUUCCUCUGAAUUAUCAACUUCACGAAGCAGGUGCAACAUUCAAGAGCUCAACAAAAACUGCACCUUCAUAUCGUCUCUUCGACCUCCCAUCUACAAACGGGAUUCGGAAACCAGGGCUGAAGAGGGUGUCAGGAGAAAAUGAAUCUGGAGGCUCUAUUGAUGUUGAAACCUGGCAAAUUUCCGACACAGGUCUUGGGUCUUUAAUGAAGCUUGUUCCACACCCACUUGCAGUAGGCUCCGUUGAGAUUGUGGACGGAACCUGGUUGAAAGGAUUUGUGUGUGAGCCAUGCGGAUUGGAAGAAGCAGCGGAAAUCACCAAAUUUGGGGGAUGGCGAGCCUACAUGAACUCCCUCGAAACCCUGGGGAGCAUUUCCACCGAAAGUAAUCCGAAAUCGCCACCUUUCAAAAGCAUCUUGAUAGCCAACCGUGGAGAAAUUGCUGUCAGGAUCAUUUCAACAUUGAAGAAACUGGGGAUUCGCUCGAUUGCUAUAUAUUCCUCGGAAGAUUCCGGUAGUCAACACGUCCAAGAUGCCGAUGAAGCGUUUCUACUACAAGGCGAUACUCUAGCAGAAACGUAUCUUUCCGAAAAAGCAAUUCUCAAUGUCGCUGAAAUCUCCAAUUCAGAGGCUGUUAUUCCGGGGUAUGGCUUCCUGUCAGAGAGUGCAGAGUUUGCGAGUGUCUGUGAGACAAAAGGUUUGAUUUGGAUUGGGCCAACUCCAGAGCAGAUGCAAAAACUAGGUCUCAAACAUCUCGCUCGAGACCUUGCUCGAAGUGCUGGGGUUCCUCUGCUUCCUGGAACUAGCUUGGUCUCUGAUGUUGAAACUGCCUGCCGAGAAGCAGAGUCAAUUGGCUAUCCCAUUAUUGUCAAAAGCUCUGCUGGUGGUGGAGGCAUCGGACUACAAAAGUGUAGUUCUCCCAAAGCCCUAGUUGACUCUUUCGAAUCCAUCCGUCAUCUCGGAAAUUCUUUUUUCAAUGAUAACAGAGUCUUCAUUGAGAAGUUUGUUGAGAGUGGACGCCAUGUAGAGGUACAGAUUAUUGGUGAUGGUAACGGUCGGGUGAAGCAUGUCGGAGAGCGUGACUGUUCACUGCAAAGACGAAAACAGAAGGUUAUCGAGGAAGGCCCAGCGAUCUUCAUACCCACAAAGACACGGGAACAAAUAAGACAGGCAGCUGUCAACCUUGCUGCCAAAGUCCACUAUCGAGGUGUAGGAACGGUGGAGUUCAUAUAUGAUCUCCAAAGCAAAGAAUUCUACUUUCUGGAAGUAAAUACCAGACUACAAGUAGAACAUACCGUUACAGAAUGUAUGACAGGACUGGAUCUUGUCGAAACAAUGAUCCAUGUUGCGGCAGGCAAUGCCGAAUAUUUGUUCGAUCCAAAAUGUGACUUUCCCAUCAAGAAAGUUGCCAUCGAAGCUCGUAUAUAUGCUGAAUCUCCUCUUCAAGACUUUCGUCCAUCUUCGGGUCAAUUACUCGAUGUCUCUUUUCCCGAUGGCGUACGGAUAGACACUUGGGUCAAAUCGGGGACCAUGAUUUCACCAUCUUAUGAUCCCUUACUGGGUAAACUUAUUGUCUCUGGUUUUGAUCGUCCAGAAGCUGUCCGAAAGUUGUCUGUAGCACUAAAUGGCACAAAAAUUACUGGCAUAGAAACGAACCUCGAAUAUCUCAAGAAGAUCGUAGAAAGCGAGCCCUUUCUCAACGGCACUUAUAAAACAACUUCUUUGAAUACCUUCAAGUUUGGGCAGGCGGUGUUUGAAGUCAUCGAGUCUGGGCCUUCAACAUUAAUUCAGGAUUUUCCGGGGAGGCUUGGAUACUGGCACAUUGGCAUCCCGCCAUCUGGUCCAAUGGAUAAUUACGCUUUCCAGCUAGCAAAUCGUGUUUUGGGGAAUGACCUUGGUGCUGCUGCUUUGGAAUGUGGUUUCUCAGGACCGACUCUUCUCUUCCAUCAAGAGACGGUCAUUUCUGUAGUCGCUGGCAAGGUCUCCAUCUCAAUUGACGGAAGUGAAGCACCGCUGUAUAGAGCGAUCAAAGUCCUUGCCGGACAGAAGGUGCAAAUUGGCAAGAUCGAAGCGGGAUGUAGAGCUUACGUCGCAGUGAAAGGUGGAAUCCAUGUUCCUGAAGUAUUUGGAAGCCGAUCUACGUUCACACUCGGAAAGAUGGGAGGUCAUAAUGGGCGUGAGUUGCGCGCAGGAGAUUUGAUUCCGUUCAAGAUUCCUCUCCAUGAAACAUCCUCGUCCCUCAUCGCACAACCGCCAAGUUACAACUCCCUCUGGGAAGUAAAAGUCAUGCCAGGCCCCCAUGCAUUUCCAGACUAUUUCGCGGAAGGGACAUUUAAAGAGUUGUUCAGUAAGCCCUGGAAAGUUCACUACAAUAGUAACAGAGUGGGAGUUCGACUGACAGGUUCCACACCGGAAUGGGCUCGAAAAAGCGGAGGAGAGGCUGGAAUUCAUCCUUCCAAUAUUCAUGAUAGUCCGUACUCCAUUGGAUCAAUCAGCUUUACCGGGGAUCAAGCGGUGAUACUUACAUGUGAUGGCCCUAGUUUGGGUGGAUUCAUGGUGUUUGCAACAGUGAUUUCUGCUGAAAUGUGGAAGAUUGGUCAGAUGAAACCAGGAGAUGAGAUAUUGUUAUGUCCAGUCACUGCUUCAGAUGCGAUGCUUCUUGCAUUUGAUCUUCAAAGUUCAAUUGAGACUUUAGAGCCUCUGAGAGAAGCAUCUAUUGAAACCAAGAUAUACGACCCAAUUUUAGCGAGCGAUGGUACUGGAAAAGACAAAAUCAGCUACCGACAAGCUGGAGAUGCCGCCAUACUCCUCGAAUUCGGCAACGAAGUCUUUGAUAUUCGGACUAGCUUCAAGAUUCAAGCCAUCAUGGAAAGCCACAAAAAUAAUCCCAUGCCAGGAAUUCUCGAGCUCACACCAGGAGUACGUUCCCUCCACAUAUCAUACAAUCCAACCAUCCCCCAAGCUACAAUCCUCUCCACCCUCCGUGAGCACAUAACCUCCUCCUUCAGCAACACCCUCAAAACAACUCUCCCCUCCCGAACCUUUCACCUACCCCUUGCUAUCGAACACCCCUCAACUCUCGAAGCAAUAACCCGCUAUGGGCAAACCAUCCGGCCAUCCGCCCCCUGGGUACCAAGCAACACCUCCUUCCUCCGCGAGAUAAACGGUCUCCCCUCCAACUCCGUCCUCAGCAGCACCCUUUCCACCACAUUCCUGAUCCUCGGGCUCGGCGACGUAUUCCUCGGCUCUCCCUGUGCUAUACCAUUAGACCCGCGAAAUCGCUUGUUCGGAAUGAAAUAUAAUCCCCCGCGCUCGUUCACACCCGAAGGGGCUGUCGGGAUUGGAGGCCAGUAUAUGUGUAUCUAUGCCAUUGAUUCGCCGGGGGGGUAUCAGCUUGUUGGACGGACGGUUCCGAUUUGGAAGGGGGGCUGUGGUGGUGGAGAGAGGGAGUGGAUGUUUGAUGUUUUUGAUCGGGUUGUUUUUUAUGCUGUUGAGGAGAGUGAACUUGAUAGGGCGAGGGAGACGGGGACGGGUAGUGAGUUGGUGAGGGUUGAAGAGGGGGUAUUUGAUUUAGAGGUUUAUGAGGCUUGGUUGGAAGAGAAUAGGGAGGAUAUCGUGAGAGUUAGUGCGGAAAGGUGGCGGGUGUUGAACGAGUCUGAUGGGGUUGCUGAGGCUAUGCGAUUCUUACCUCCUUCGGAUGUUGUUCAAAACAGCGAUAGCUUGGAUGAGUCUAGUACUGGUAUAGUUAUACGAUCGGGGAUUGCGGGGAAGUGUUGGAAGUGUGCUGUGAGUGUUGGUGAUACCGUUGAAGCUGGACAGAUUCUGGUGAGUACAUUCUCAUCUUCGUCGAUUUAAGUUAUUAUUUGUAACGCAGUCAACAGUUUUCGAUUGAAGCUAUGAAGAUGGAGAUCAAAAUCCCUGCUCCUAGUGCUGGAUUUUGUACAUCUGUCUUUGUUAAGACAGGGGAUAUAUUGGGUGUUAAUACCCAACUGGCUAUGAUAUCGGACGUCUUAUCUUAGGUAGGGAUCCAGGUAAUGUGGUCAUGACAGCGUUUAGAAUAACCAAUCAAAUACCAAAUUAUAUUUAAUUACA